AGGUGCCUGGAUCCUGAUAGAUUUAUUCCUAUUUCCCGGAAAUUUCACCCAAUCAUCUUGGGCAAGUCUGGUGAUAGGUUACGGGGGUGCUGUGUUUGCCUAUUUGUUACAACCCUUCAUGAGAUGGAUCUGUAACAGAUUAACUGGAGGACCACGCUUGAUAGCCUCCGAUAUUUUCCUUUUGACAUGUUUUAUUUUCACGGUAAACACUUGGAGGGGAAUUUGGAAUUUGCUUAAUAUAUAUUUUCUUCCAGAUAAUCUUGAAUUAAGUUGUUGGAUAACACACUGGGUGUGUUUUAUCCUUCUUGUUCUAUUGAAAUGUUCAAAUUCGUUGUUGGUUCGGGGCGUGUUCAUUGACGGGGAAGAACCGGGCGGCAGAUGCGUGGUAUUCCCCGUCUACUAUCUCCGGCUCAUAUUCGAGCAUGAAAAGUCGAAAAAGAUCAAAAAGAUCCAACAGGACUUCGCAAACAAAUUGAAACUCGAAAAUGACAAUCCGAAAUUAUCGUCGGUGAUAUCAAACCACAUUGCAAUCAGUAUGAAUUCGAAAGACUUGAAAGGACAUGGCAAUAACGAAUGAUUUUUUUGUUUGUGAUAAAUGCAUGUAUAUAUAGUGCCUUUUCGGGGAAUGCCGAAAAAUUUUUUAUAGUAGGUAGAUAAAUAUACAUAUUAUAAAUAUAUUAUAUUGUUAUAUUAAACAA